CACUGAACGAACGCCGAACGGGUCGAACGGUCAUAUCAGCCAGUUCACGUUCGUCGGCUGAUCGUGGACAUCGAUAGUAGUGUUUAAUCCUGUGUUAGUUUUAACCUAAUACGCUUUUAGUUACGUGCAUUUAUGAACUUCUAAUAAAAUGCGUUCAUCAAGAGUGAUGUAGAAAUCGAACUUAUCAAGAAAUUAUAGUCAAGACUUCUACAAUGUGAGGUUGACAUUACAUAUGUAUUGUUAUGAUGUGAUGAAACGCAAGUAAACUACGAAAGUCUUAUGUGCUUCUUCAAGAUAUUUUCUUAAAAAUGAGACAUGCAUCCAACCGAAAUGCAAAAAAGUGUGUCGGUGCAAGUAGACAGUGAUUUUGCUUUGCUGCUGCCGAGUGGUGUCUACGAAAUUAAGAAAAUGGAGCCAAGAUCGAAACUACGAAAAGUUAUACUGUUCUGUUUACUACUCUCUCUGUUCGGAAUGGUAGCUUUUGGAUAUUUCUGCCCAGAUCAGGUGUGCGCCGUGACGGCCCGGGAGCGGGUGUCGGAGCCGGCCGCGCUCUCGUACGCGGAGGCGCCCGGUCGGCCGCUCCCCGACGCUAUGGCUCAGCGCGGCCUCUCCUACGAUGAAGUGCUCCAUGAUGACUUUCGUUUCGACCUCAAUGCGCACGACGUCAUGGUCUUCCUGCACAUACAGAAAACUGGUGGCACAUCUUUCGGAAAACACCUGGUUAUGGACCUGGACUUAAAGAGGCCGUGUAACUGUCAGAGGGCGAGAAAACGAUGCCAUUGUUUUCGUCCACACAGCAACGAAAUAUGGCUCUUUUCGAGAUACUCUACAGGAUGGAAAUGCGGGUUGCACGCAGACUUCACGGAGCUGACGGCGUGCGUGGGCAGCGAGCUGGACCGGCACGAGGGCUCGGCCGUGCACAGGAGAUACUUUUACAUCACCUUACUGCGGGAGCCAGUCUCUAGAUACCUAUCGGAGUACCGUCACGUAAAGCGCGGCGCGACGUGGAAGGGCUCCCGGCAUUGGUGCCAGGGGCGCACGGCCACGGCCGUGGAAGUGCCGGCGUGCUACAGCGGCGAGACGUGGCGCGCGGUGACGCUGGAGGCGUUCGCGGCGUGCCCGUGGAACCUGGCCAACAACCGGCAGACGCGGAUGCUGGCCGACCUGGCGCUCGUCGGCUGCUACAACGGCACGCUCCGCCACCGCACGCCCGACUCCGACCGGGUGCUGCUCGCCUCCGCCAAGAGGAACCUCGCCGCCAUGGCCUACUUCGGCCUCACCGAGUUCCAGAAGAUAUCGCAGUACGUGUUCGAGGAGACGUUCAACCUGCGGUUCGCGGUGCCGUUCACGCAGCACAACGCGACGGUGUCGGGCGCCACGCUGGCGGCGCUCUCGCCCCAGCAGGUGCACCACAUCAAGCAGCUCAACUCGCUCGACCUAGAGCUCUACGACUUCGCCAAGAACCUCAUGUUCAAGAGGUUCGAGGCCUUGAAGAAACGCGACUCCGACUUCGAAUACCGCUGGCGGCACCUGGGCGAGGUGGCCCCGCGCAGCGGCGUCACGGAGUUCGACUGGGACAGCAACCUCGAGGACGCCACCACGGAGAAGUACCGCGGCCGGCGGUAAGCGCCCCACAACACAACGCUAGUCAACCACCCUACUACCUAACCUAGCCGCCAACACGUCAUUCAUAUAAAUGCGUUCGUAGUUACACCAGUUAAGUAAUACUAUAAACUCUAAAUGUUAAAAUAGGUCUGUACAAAUAUUUACAAAUAUCUUCGAGCAGAACUAGUGUUUUGCUAAUGUUUUCUUUAUAGAUACUUCGUAAAAUCUCUUCUUUAAGAUAUUUUAAAUAUUAUUUUAUGAUAUGUUUCGUAGACGUUGGCAUCUACACAUUGUGCUAUAAUAUAAUUCCAUCCCUUGUAAUUAUAAUGUCUAAAUAUAAAUUAUAUUUUAUCCCGUUGUUGUAUGAAAAGAAUGUUAACGUUGAAACAGGGUAGGUAAUGCAUCUAGGAUGAGCCCAACGAAGUAGCCUUUAAUGUAAUUAUCUGGAAAAAUGUUGAGUGACAUGACUUAUAAGAGUUAAAAGAUACCUGAUAACUAGGAUUUGUUUUUAGAAUCAACUUUAUUAUGGAUUAUAUGAAAUAUAAUAACCGACAGGAAUAUAUUUUAAUUUAUAUUUUAUAUGUUUACGACGUAUUAGAUAUUGUAUUGGUUCUAAAAAUACUCUUAUUAUAAUUUAAAUAGUUUCAUUAUAAUUAGCCAAAGAUCAGAAAAUGGAAAUAAGUCAUACUCAUAAUAAUUGUAACGGAUUUACGUAAGUACGAAAAUAAGCUUCACUUUUUAAUGGUAGCUGUAUGUAGGGCCUUCGUGUGGCUGAGUUAACUGCGAGUUUAGUUCAGCUGCCACGUGUAUUGUACUAUGUAUGUACUACGCCCGUUUGGCUGAGACGGUGCUCCUCCUAUAAUGGGCAACAAUAAUGCGGCUUACACGCAAUCUAGCAUUGCGCUCUAUUGAAAAUUAUAAGCCAUUUAAAGCAGGUGUAAUAAACGUUAAAAUGAGCUGAACAAAUUAUUAAGACAUUAUUUCAAAGAGUAAAAAUAAGUUUGUUUACGACCGACUAGUUUCCCUCAGCCACAGAAUUGGGUCCUGAAUAGUUACUGUCAGCUUUAUCAAACAAAAGUGCUCUAAGUGUUGUUAUUAAAAUAAUUUGGCCGACCGUUUUAGUUUCGUCCAAUUAUAAUUUACAUAUCUUUAUCAAUUAGGUUAAGACAGUUAAGUAUAAGUAGGUUAUAAUGUUAAAUCACUUAAGUGAUCUCUCAAACCAAGCAAACGACAAGGCAGCGGCUAAUAAGGUUUGAAUUUGUAAUAUUUGAACAAAUUACUAUUAGUAUAAAGAUAUUUAAAACACACAUACAGUUGUAUUGUAUGUAUAAAGAAAUAGCUUUAACAAGCCGUCGCUUUCACUUGUGGCAUGUGCUGCGACGUUUCUAAUUCCAAAUAGCAUUCAGCGUUCAUACAAGCGUAUUCAUUAGUCGUUCAACUAAUUCAGCCAUUGGAAGUUACACUUUAAGUACAUGUAAUUAAUAUCAAAUGGUAAAGCAAAUAUUGUACUGUAAAUAUUAUUGUUACCACCAAAUCUUCUGUUAUGAACAAGUAUUUUAGUUCCGGUUAAGGCACAGGGCUAAUCAGUAUUUUUAAGAUUUGUUCAAAAUUAAUACUUAUAGUCAUUCAUUGUGUUGUUUAUAAUGAAUAAGAUUUCUAGGUCUGACAAAAAACCAAGUUUUUUUUCCAGCUUAAUUAUGGCUCAAGCUGUCACCCGCGAUCCGUUACCGUGGUCAUUUAGCAUUUUGGUAGUAAACCACCAUAUUUGCAAUCCAACGGGUACUUGAGUCCUGUAUAAAUGUAUGAUGCAAGUGCAAUAAGGACCUCUUCACCUGAAAUUCAAAUAUAAACUCUAAUAAAAUGGUCCCAAUGGUCCUUAUUGCACAUGAAGCAUAAGGACCCAUCUCUGAUUGAAAGCCACAAAAUUAUUUUGCGACCCACUACUCCUUAGCUAAUACGACUACGAGUAUUAGGCCCUUAUAAAAAAAGGUUGUAUUUACCUGAGUAAGUCCGAUUGUUACCACCAGCAUCAAGUUUUCAAAUAGCACUACCUAUUAAAAUAUUAUAAAUAGUUUUGGUGAACAAUAUGGAAUAUUCUAUUAGUAUACUUAUUCAGGAAAUGUAAUAAAUAAUAGUACAUUAUUGCAGAGGCCGAGAAAGGGCAAUUCGUGGAUGAGUUUCGAUUUUGUCGGACGACGCGAAGCGGAGUCCGACAAAGAAGACGAAUCCACGAAUUGCUAUUCCUGCCGAGGCAUAUAUAGUGCUUUUCUCCAAACAUGCGAGGAAAUAAGCUAAAAUAAUUAUUAUUUAAGCAUCAAGCAUCACUCAAAUCAAACCUUCACAUCCAAAAUGUCAAAAACAAUUUCCCUCUUUAGUUAAUUUUUAAAAGUUAAAGGCACAAACUUAUUCUGCCAUUCAGUACCAUUCAAUAUUCGUUCAUUCAAUAUAAUUGCGCAAUAUAGUUUGUCAAACCAACUUUUCAGUCAGUAAGAACCAGGAAAACUACACCCAUCCUUUUCUUUUGGGUGCUAGUACUAGUGUAAGACAAAGAUAGUAUGAUUCUCUUUGUCUAUGUUUGAAAUGAGAAAGUCCUUUGACAAACUAUGUAAGCUUUAUGAACACGGAUGAGAUUUAAAAAAUAUAUAAAAAUAAUCUUUGAUUUUAUUAAGCAGUAUUCGCACGAUCAUACACGUGAAAUGAUAGCUGAUCGGGUCGUGUAGAAGCGGCUCACGGCAAUAAUAAUUGGCUGUUUGCGUUUUUUAUUAUUAAAAAGUAAAAAACACUACAGUAAUAAGUUAUUACUGUAGUGUUUUUUUACUUCCCGUCCGCUAGAACAGGACAGCGAUAGUUUGAUGUUUUUUAGUUAGAGUUUGACAAUAACGAAGAACUUCCCGUACUAUUUUUGCUACAGUAAGGUGAACAUUUCCGAGCAUAUUGGAGAAAAUAUUAUUAUUGGACAAUCUUACACAAAUCGACCUAGUCCCACAGUACGUUCUGUAAGGCGAAUGUUGUGGAUCUUGUGGGUAUAUCUAGCAUUUUUAUUACUAAGCUAUGGAAUGUAUAUAUUACUUGUAUUGUAUACCUGUAGUAGGUAUACGAUAAUCGGCGGUUAUCACACUGCAUCGUACUUCAGAGCAAAGUCCGGUGCUGCGAUUUUAAAUUUGUACCUCUGUGGAAUCUCGAUUUGUAUGCAAAAACCGCAUGGCAUAACACAUUGGCUCCGCCUCUCCAUGCGAAGGAGCGAAUCGCGACCCAAUCGUGCUUCCGGACGGAUAUUUGAUCAUAAACGCGAUUCGUCGGGCAUCGCAGCUUCGGACGAAGAUACGAAGAAAACCGCACCAUCGUACCGUCGUCGCCGCACGCGAAUUCGUCGCUUCGCACUUCGCAACCACAUGCAACUGCAGUGUGAUAACCGCCUUAGCUGGGUCUGAAGCACUGCCAUUAUAAUUUUUUUUUUCCUUGCCUACUUUGGUGUCCCACUGCUGGGCAAAGGCCUCCCCUCGUUUUCUCCACUCGACCCUGCCAUUAUACAUAUACUUACAUAUCAUUUUUUUUCUGGCGUAUAUUAUGUUUUUUGAAAAUAAUGUCGUUUCCCGAAACAGAUAAAUGAUCAUCGUACGAUCACACUUUUAUCGCAGCGCGCGGCGGAGAGGUCGACCUUUGACAAUAAAUUCGAUAGAUUACAACUUGUCUUGCAUUCAUUUUGUUCGCUUAGCUGAUACUUAGAUGUUGCCUGUUGCUAGAUAAUCGAUUGAUUCUAAAAAAGACAUGUUUUGUAUGUUACUCAGGCGUGUGAAAGGUAUUUUUUACUUAUCUAUCUAUGUGUGAUGUAGUCAUUGUUUUUCGUAUCGUCUGAUUGAAGUUGUUCGCUGACAAAAUGUCAACGGUACUGGCUUGCAAUGUAAUUUUAGAUAUAAACAAGAUUAAUGUUUACUAUGAUUACCUAUAUAUGAUAUGAAUAUUUUCUUCGGCGUGUAAUAGUACAUUAUUGCAGAGGCCGGGAAAGGGCAAUUCGUGGAUGAGUUUCGAUUUUGUCGGACGACGCGAAGCGGAGUCCGACAAAGAAGACGAAUCCACGAAUUGCUAUUCCUGCCGAGGCAUAUAUAGUGCUUUUCUCCAAACAUGCGAGGAAAUAAGCUAAAAUAAUUAUUAUUUAAGCAUCAAGCAUCACUCAAAUCAAACCUUCACAUCCAAAAUGUCAAAAACAAUUUCCCUCUUUAAUUAAUUUUUAAAAGUUAAAAGCACAAACUUAUUCUGCCAUUCAGUACCAUUCAAUAUUCGUUCAUUCAAUAUAAUUGCGCAAUAUAGUUUGUCAAACCAACUUUUCAGUCAGUAAGAACCAGGAAAACUACACCCCUCCUUUUCUUUUGGGUGCUAGUACUAGUGUAAGACAAAGAUAGUAUGAUUCUCUUUGUCUAUGUUUGAAAUGAGAAAGUCCUUUGACAAACUAUGUAAGCUUUAUGAACACGGAUGAGAUUUAAAAAAAAUAUAAAAAUAAUCUUUGAUUUUAUUAAGCAGUAUUCGCACGAUCAUACACGUGAAAUGAUAGCUGAUCGGGUCGUGUAGAAGCGGCUCGCGGCAAUAAUAAUUGGCUGUUUGCGUUUUUUAUUAUUAAAAAGUAAAAAACACUACAGUAAUAAGUUAUUACUGUAGUGUUUUUUUUACUUCCCGUCCGCUAGAACAGGACAGCGAUAGUUUGAUGUUUUUUAGUUAGAGUUUGACAUUAACGAAGAACUUCCCGUACUAUUUUUGCUACAGUAAGGUGAACAUUUCCGAGCAUAUUGGAGAAAAAAAUAUUACACUAUGCCCUGUGAUAAAAUCUUUUCUCAAAAAUGGACGGCAAAGUCGACUUUGCCGUUUAAAAAAUAGGUCGCGAAGCGCGUAGUUUAUGGUCAGUCAAAAAUUAAAAAGUUAAAAACAUUGCAGUCUCGAUUUUGGGACUGCAAUGUUGCAUACAAAUUCCAUUAUUUGUCGAGUUCCAAACUUUUUAAAAGUUGAAAUGGCCAUAUCAAAUGAGGGCACAGGCCCAUUAAACAGCCAAACAGAUGAUUAGUGCCGCGACUAUUUAGCUGUCUCGAAUAGGUUGGCGUAUUUUCGGCAGAAAAAUACACUUCUAUUUUUUUAUUAAAAAAAAUAAAAAGGCGGCAAGGGCUCUUUUCUGUGAAAAAAUAUACGUAAGAAUGUUGCUUUUGUAAAAUAUUUCUAUGAUAUUCAUAUUUCUUGCACCAUUUUUGAGAAAAGCACUAUAUAUGACUCGGCUGGAAGGCUACUUGCUGGCUUCGGAUUCAAUUAAACGGACUCCCAAGGUCGUCCGUUUAAAACGAAUCCUCAGCCUGCAAGUAGCUACUUCCGAGCCUCGACAAUAAUGUACUAUUAUGCACCCAAUAUUUCAAAAUAAUCGAUCGCAUAAUCAAUAGCUUUAUAUUUUGUUCUCUGCUUACAAUAAAAUUAAUCCGACACCCUUUCCCGUAAAAAUGUUAAGUGACCAAAUCGGUAACUAGGUAUUUCGGAUGGUCUCUUAAAUGUUUUGUAGGUAAAACAAUAUAUGUAGUAUAUUUUAGGUCGCUUUAUAUUUAAUAAUGAAUAUACCUACUUAUAGUGACGAUACCCGUUUAAGGCACGACACAUCAUCGGUUGCGGUGUGAGCUACUAAUGUGCAAGUGGCAAACGAUCGAUCAGAAGGGAAAGGGUGUCCAGGAUCGUUGGCCGUAAGUAAUGGGUGUAAUUGCCAUAUAUCGAGUUAGCCAUUUAUAGAGCAUGUAAAUGUUAUUCUUAACGAUUGUCGUAUUAGGUGUUACGAGUAACUUAUCGAAUGUGCGUAUCAAAUAGCUGCACGAACCUACUAGUGCCGAUUGUGUGGUCUAGUACCAAAUUUUAGGAUUUAGUUUAUUAAGUUCCAGACUGAACCAAAUCAUAUGACGUCAUGUUGUGUUAAUAAACACUGAGUAAAAUAAAUAAAUACAAAAAUAA